AUGGUCAACUCCUGCUGUGGAUCCAUCUGCUCCGACCUGAGCUGUGGAAGGGGCUGCUGCCAAGAGACCUGUUGUGAGCCCAGCUGCUGCAGCAGCCCUUGCUGCCCCCCUACGUGCUGCCAGACGACUUGCUGCAGAACUACUUGCUGCCGCCCAACGUGCUGUGUGACCAGCUGUUGCCGCCCGACCUGCUGUAGGCCCACUUGCUGCCAGUCAGUCUGCUGCCAGCCCACCUGCUGCCGCCCAGUCUGCUGCGUUUCCAGCUGCUGCAGACCCUGCUGCCCCAGACCUUGCUGUGUGUCCAGCUGCUGCAGACCCUGCUGCCCCCGACCUUGCUGCGUGUCGACCUGCUGCAGGCCCUGCUGCCCCCGACCCUGCUGUGUGCCCAGCUGCUGCCAGCCUUGUUGCCGCCCAACAUGCUGCCAAACCACUUGCUGCCGGACUACUUGCUGCCGCCCGACUUGUUGUGUGCCGACCUGCUGUCAGCCUUGCUGCCGCCCGGCUUGCUGCCAAACCACUUGCUGCAGAACCACCUGCUGCCGCCCUACUUGCUGUUGCCAGCCUUGCUGCCGCCCUACCUGCUGCCUGUCUAGCUGCUAUCCGCCAACCUCCUGUGUGCCCAGCUGCUGCCAGCCUUGCUGCCUCCCAACCUGCUGCCAGACCACCUGCUGUCGGACAACUUGCUGCCGCCCCACAUGCUGCAUGUCCCCUUGUUGCCACCCUAUUUGUGGUUCAUCGUCUUGCUGCUGA